AUGGGCAACUAUCGAAUUUUAAUGUUCUCAUUUUCAAUUCUCGGAUUGACAACUUCUACAAUUGAUAUUCUUAACAAACCGGUAAGAAUCUAGUACUUCUAGGCUUAGAAGAUCUAAGCCUAAAUUCAAGCCUAAGCCUAACUUUUUUGCAGAUGGUUCAUAUAACUCAAGGAAUGUACAUUAUAUUUAGCUUGAACACUUUGAAACUUCCAAAAUUCUGGGCGCAAUGUUUGAAUGGUAAGAGCUUUUAGAAGAACAUUUUUAAGAAAAAUAUUUUCAGCUUUGAAUUGCUCAUGUUACGGAAUGACUAUAUCACUUCUAGCUGUGCAUUUUGUCUAUAGAUACAUUGCAGUUUCCAGGUGAGCUGGGGAAAUUUCAGAAUUUUCAGACAAAUUUUCAAAUUUUCCAAAAACUUGUCAAAAAAUCCAAUUUUCCUCCAAAAAAAAGCCCUAAAACUUCCUCAUUAUUAGUAGUUCUUUGACAAAAGCUCAUUUUUUCAGACAAGAAGAAAAAAACGGAGAAAUUUUUGCAGCGAAAAACCAGUCAACCAAAAUUUUUGUUUGAUUUAUUCAUAGAAAAUGAAUGAAUGAGACACAAGAGUUGAAUUUAAUUUAAUUCGAUUUUUCGACCAAAAUAUAUAGGGGGUGGAAAAUUGAAAAACAAUAUAUUUUCCGGGUCUGAAAAUUAGGUUUUCUUAUAUCAACAGGCAGAAAAAAAAAACCUAUUUUCAAGAAAAAUAGCAAAGCAAAAUUAGACUUUGAACCUAAAUUUCAGAAUUUUCAGCAUGAGUUAUUUUUGUGACUGGUGUUUUUUAUGGUUUGUGAUUAAUUUUAAUUAGAAAUCAGAAAAAAUACCUAGUUAUGACGUGGCAGGCUGAAAAUCUUCGUGGAAAAUUUUUGAAGGGGUUUCGAAAAUUACAGUACCUCAAAAACCUGCUUCAAAAUUUUCUAAAAAGUACUGUGAAAAAUAUUGUAGAUCAAAAAAUCAUCGAAAUACUGUAUGUAGUCAAGAGUUACUGUAGAACUAAAAGAACUACUGAAGACUACAAUGUAGUUCAAAAACAUUCAGUAGGUAGGAAAUAGUUCCAGAUUACUGUAGUUCUCGAAAACCCUAAUUUCUGUGAACCCAAAUUUUUACGGGUACUGUGGACCAUUUUCAAUUUCUAGUAUCAAACUUCUCAGAGUUACUGUAGCUCAAAAAAAUAGCUUUCAAAAUUGAAAAAUCUCAAUAUUUCUCAGGCCCUCCCGAAUGAAACUCUUCACUUGGCCAUACUCCCUAAUCUGGAUAAUUUUCUGUCUGGAACUAUCUCUAGAAUGGUUCAUCACCGCUCUAUUCUUCGCUCCGCAAACUCCAGAAAUCGAUGUGACCAUCAAUCAAUCAAUGAUAAAUACCUAUAACCUGAGCAUCGGUCAAUACAUUUACGCGGGUAAUAAAUAUUACGUAAGUCUAACCUAACUUCUAGAAAAAUAUUUUUUUUUUCUAGUGGAUCGACGAGUCCAAAAAUCAAAAACAUUUAUCAAUUCCGGAUUUGUUAUUCGUUUUGAAUAUUGUCAAAAUUAUUGUGAGUUUAUUGGAGAUUUCUUGAAAAACAUGGACAAUUUCAGCUGAUUUGUGUAUUCAUCGUUUUCUAUUGUGGAAUUUCCACGUAUCGCAAAAUGAAGGCGUUGAAUUACACUUCGAAAAGAACCAACAGUCUUCAACAACAACUUUUCAAAGCGCUAAUUGUUCAGGUUUGAUUUGGGGAAUAGAACUUCGAGAAAUCCACAGUAAACGUCCCAAAAUUCCAGACAAUAAUCCCAAUGGUAACAAUGCUUCUCCCAGCGGGUUUAAUGAUGAUCGCCCCAUUUUUCGAGGCCACCGUCGGACCAAUCGAAGGCUUAGUUAUGACAGUUAUCACAACCUAUCCAUUUCUGGAUCCGAUUGUUGUCAUGUAUUUUGUUCAAGAUUUUCGGGUCGCGCUGUACAACGCAAUUUGUUGCAAAAAAUCGCCAUUUUCAAGGGGCCAUCAAAUGAAUUCGAUAAAAACUACAACUAUGGCUUCGGUUAUUGCGAGUAGUUGA